AUAGCUACGCAAGACGCUUGGAGUUUUAAUAAUCGUGCGCUUGAAAUGUAGAUCGUAAAACGUUCAUUUCUGAGUUGAUUUGACGUAACAUCUCUUCACUUUUUGAAACUUUACAUUGUAAGACAAAAACUCACUUCUUUAUCCCCCUUAAAACGGGGAUAACUUUGUAAAAACAACUUUCGGAAAAAAAGUUACGAUUCAACCGGAAGUUGUAGCGUAGUGUUUCAUUCAACAUACUAUGGGAGUAAAUAAGUAAAUAAUAUGUAGGAGCAAUAAAAUGACUAUUAAGGCGUGUAAUUGAAUGAGAAAAGUUAGGUUUCUAAUUCUUUUGGUAUUAUAAAUACAGGCAAACAUGCCGACUGCAGUGUCACUGUCACAAAUGGUGGAUUUGUCCCUCGGGACACCAGAGAUCGGGUCUGUCAAUUUCAAUGUGAUGCACACGUUACUUCAUGCCAUCAUUAAAAAGUUAAGUAUUGGUGACCAUAGAGCAGAGAUCAAUGAACAUGACAGGGAUUUUUUGGCAACAUCAAAAAUUCGUGCAAGAUCCACACUCAGUGAUGCUGACAGUGGGCGCGGAGAAGAUUCAGAGGAUGCUACAAGUGAAAAAUCUGGUGUUCCUCCGUUUCGUCCAUCACCAUACCACAGGAUGGAGUUAAAAGUUGAGAAACUAGCGCAACAGUUGGAAGAGUUAAAUCAGCUUCCAUCUAACAGUGAAUUAUUCGAUCGUACCACAAAAUCAAAAAGUGAAAGUGCUACUGACAGGCCUGUAGCAGAUAUGUGGCAAUAUAUGCAACUUAAAAAAAGAGUUGAUGCAAAUGAAGAAGGUGUAGGAAAGUUAUUUUCAUUGAUAGAAGAUAUGAUGAAAGAAAUGAAAGACCUUAAAGAUGCAAAUAAACUUCUUCAAGACCAACUUAAAGGAUUAAACCUGAAUGAUUUAAAGAAGAGAUUGGCAGAUUUGGAAAAUAUAACGAAAGAGCUCAAUGAAAAAUUUAGCCAACUUCCAUCAGCUGAAGAAUUUAGUACGUAUGUAACUUGGCCAGCAUUAGAAGAUGCUCUGAAGGGAAUACGGGACGAUUUAACUCCACAAGAGAGAGUUGUCAUCGAAAUGUCUAGUCAAACAGAACCUGCAAAACGGUCACAUAGGAUGAGGGCUUCACGGCCAGGGUCGUCACGACCAGUAUCAAGGGUGAGCACACCAGGUCCUUCAGAACAACUGCUUGACGUCCUGGAAAGGCUUGGAAAACUGGACAGUGACCAUGUAGCCCUGAAGAAGAGAGUAGAUGAUCUAGAGGAAGAAAUGAAGAACAAGUUAGACAAGUCUGCUAUUGAAGGAUUAGGAAUACCAGCUGAGAUGCUAGAACAGAUAGGUAAACUGAAAGAGGAACUGGAUGCUCUCGCUGCUCUGAGAGAAAAGCCUUCAGUCAGUGACAAAGAGAGAAAGAAAUACAUUGACAGAGAGAAAAAGAACGACAUUGACAGAGAGAAAAAGAAAGACAUUGACAGAGAGAAAAGGAAAGACAUUAAUAAAGAGAGAAAGAACAUUACCAAAGAGAGAAAGAAAGACAGUGAAUUAAAUGACCAGCCUUCAGUCAGUGACAAAGAGAGAAAGACAGACAGUGAUGAAGAGAGAAAGAUAGACAGUGAUGAAGAGAGAAAGAUAGACAGUGAUGAAGAGAGAAAGAUAGACAGUGACAAAGAGAACAAAAAAGAAAGUGCAAUCUCAUUUUUGGGUUCAGUUGUUACAGUGUUAUCCAAGGUUCGUAGCAAGAAUGAGAAACAAGCAGCCUCUUCAACUGACACGGAUACUUUAACUGAGUCUUCGGAUGAUGAACAACUUUUUGCAGCAUUUGGUGGCCACAGCAUGUCAAAUAUUGCUCUGUCUGCUCUUCAGCAAAGAUUAACAAUUUUGGAAGAUCGGUUUAAAUUGUUCCAAGAGAACUUACUGGAUGACAGUGCAUACCAGACUGAUGUAGCUGAUCUCACUGGCUGGUUAGCUGAGAUGGAGAACAGGAUUGCUGGAAACACUGAAGAUAUAACUGCAGCAAAUGAAAGUGAUGUAGACAGCGGGAAAGGCAAAUCAGAAAAGCCAGAUGAAAAACCUGCUGAAAAAGAAACAAAACCAGUAGUGGAGAAACCAAAGAAGACCAAAGAGGAUGCUGUUGUGGAAAGACUAGAAGAAGAAGCAGAGCUUAAGCAUGAAAUUGAAGAAAUCUUCUGUGAUGCGACAGUGGUAGAAGUCUCCUCACAGGUGAUGUUGUCAGCACCAGAGCUACAGGCAACCAAUGAGAAACUGAAGAAUCUUGCUUUCACUUUGAAUGAACAGCUGCAUGGACUGAGGGACAAGGUUUUCCUGGUGGAUCAUGAGCUAAAGAGAAUGGCUAAAGGGGUUGAAUUUGCUCUUAUGAGGUCUAAGGUAGCAGGGGCUAAUGAAAUGGAUAGCGAUGCCUUGACACGCGCCCAGCAGGCAAUCUUACAACUGCAAGCCGAAGUGGAGAAGUUGCAUCAUACAACUUCUGACAUCAUUGAAGAGAACAAACAAAGGACCAAACAGAUACAGGACACCUUGAAAUACUGUGAUAAACUCCAGGAAGAGAAGGCAGACAAGGACUAUGUACAGAUGGAAGUUGAUGUGAAAGCAGACAAGAAGGCUCUGGAGACGAAGGUGAAUCAUAAAUUGUUUGACAAGACAACAGAGGAAAUAAACAACAUGAUAAAGGAGAUACUAGAUAAACUAACAGGACAUGAUGAAGAUUGGAAGAAGGCAUACAGCAAACUUACAGAAGACAUUGAUGGAAAGCUGGACCGUCUCGAGUUGGAUCCACUGAAGGAAUGGUUAGAGGCUAGACUGAAAGCUCUCAAUGAUAAACUCAAGAAAUACCAGACAAACACGGAGUUCUCAGAGGAUGAUGCUGCAGGAAUUAGGAAACAACUGAUCCAGAGGUUCCACUGUAUAUCAUGUGAUAGACCAGUAGAUAUGCUUCCAACUGGGCCAGUGCCUUCCCUGCCUUCUCAGAUGGGUUUGAACCCAACCAAGUCUCCAAGACCCUACACCACUUUCGAGCUGGACCAGAUUAGACAACAUGCAAAGAGUUACAAUGGGGGUAAAAAUCUGCUGAACUUUGAGCGGGCCCUUGCCGAGAGACAGCUAGCCGCACUGAAAAAGUCCGAUCUUAGAGCUUUUCUUGUUCAUUUUAAACAAGAAUUACCAUCCGUUGCACAGUACUCACAUAAUUUUACCAACACUGAGGUCGCAGAUUACUAUGCAACACCAAGACCGUGUGGUGGGAGUCACACACUGACCUACCCACACAAGAGGAACACAAAGCUCACACACCUUAGCCAUUUGUUCCGUGAAGAUGAAGCGAUUAUCAUCCCAGCAACAAAGGAAGAGGUAGAUAUCCAGGGAGCUGAUGGCCAUAUUUACCGUGGACGUCACGAUCAAAGACCUACACAAAAACUUGAGGCUAGGUUUCCAACAACUCUAGGACAGAAUAACAAUAAUAUGGGAAUGAAUGUAAGGUCUACAAGUCCACAUCCUCCACAAUAUAGACCUAAAGCUCCACAGUCUCCUUUGGUUACGCAGCAACGAGCACGUCCUGUGUCUGCCAGGACACCACCAUCACCUCGACCUUCAUCUGCUGGUCAAGGUCAGCAACAAGGGUCAAGGCCAAUGUCUGCUAAAAUUGUCAAGACUCGGGAGCAGACUGCUCGAGAAGCAUUUGUUGAGUCAUCACAGGGGCAACAGGAAGCUGUGGAACCAGUACAGGAACAAAGCAUCCAGUUAGAAAUGCCGUCUGCUGAUCCUGUUGGAAAUUGAAUUGAUGACUUUCUUGACAUAGCAAUGACUUAGCAAUAUAGAAUUUACAAAAAAUAUUUUAUUAUAUUAUAGGACAUGUGAUUUUUUAGAAUGUUUUCUGCAAGUUAAAACCCUCUGUAGGAAUUUUACAACUGUAUAAAUUGCAUAAAGUAUUUUGCUUAAUAGAAGUAUUGGAAUAGCUCAGUUUAUGAGAAAGGCAUUGGAUUUUGAAUUUUAUUUAUAUAAGGCUUGUUAACUAGAAUAUUUACAAUUGUACCUCCAGUAUUAUUUAUGUGCCUUGUGAUAACCUUUUUAGAUUGUCUCUAAAAUUUAUGUACAGCUCUGUUGUUACUUCUUUAUUUGUAAAUAAAACCUUCUUUGUUUAACCACAAUUAUUGUUGUUGCAAGCAUAUUUCUGUGAUUUGUUGAGUUAUUGCACCUUUUAAAGUCAGUUUUUAGUCGGUCUUUGCUUUACUAUGUGUUCCUUGAGUAGUGCACAGUUUGUAUGGUUGCUUCUUUAUACGUAUUACUGCAAAUAUUAUGUUUGUUCAUUUAAGAUAUAUACCUUGUAUUAAUAUAACUAUUUUGUUAUCUAAGUAUCAAAAUUAUAUGCUUAUAGAUAGAAUACAGGUAUCUUUUUGAAUGCAUGAAAAUUAUAAAAAAAAAUCAACAUACUUGAUUAUUUAUGUGCUGUCAUUCUAUUUAUAGAAAUCAGUUUUACAUUAUUAUUUUAGGCAUACUCAUGCAGGAAGUGGUAGUUUAUUACAUUGAAUCAAAAAAAAAAAUAUAGAAAAAACUACACUAUUAACGCCUUUUUGGUAUAUUUUUCAUUAAUUUUAGCUAUAAUUAUAAUAGCUAUAAACUACUAACAACUUUGAAACUAAAAUAGUGUUACAUCGUUGAUAUAAAUUUGUUUCAUUAAAAUUUUGUUAUGACCUUAUUUUCCUUCUCUUUGUGUUUAACUUUUCUGUGUAUCAUUACAAGUAGAUAUCUGUUCCAGUGUCCUGUAGACCUUAUUUUUUCCAAAUGUUUAUAUAUAUACUCGUCCUUGUGCAACCUACAUUUGACAUCAGUUCAAGAUGGCAUUCUGUGAACAAGUUAGUGAUAGUCAACGUCUGUGCCGUAAUUGUUAUUUCAAAAUAAAAGUACGUAAUGAUUUGAAUUAAGGGGUGAGUGAUUGUUUAGAGGUCAUUGACUGUGAAUCAAGUGCCUCUCACCUCUUUGUGUUUCGAAAGCUUACUUGGAUUGUAGACUUUUUUCGUGUUAAGAAGCUUAAUUGACAGCUUACAGAAGAAAGAUGGUUCUAUCCGUGGGGGAGAGGGGGCACCUAAGCCUGGAAUAAUGUCGGGAACAGCACCUUUGGUCUGCCUCCAGCAAUUAAAGCUGGAAAUUCACUAAUAUGAGCAAGAACCUGGUAUAAUAUGGUUUUCUAGUGAUGUGAUAGUUUUCGGUUUGAUAUAGAUACAGCAUACAUAUUCCAUUUUAGAAUACAUUAGUACCAGUUAGUUUAUCUAUUACAAAUUUUUAUCAGAAAUAAAUUUCUCAUUUUGAGAUUUUCUUUUUAAAAAUGAAAUAAAAAGUUAUAUAAAGACAGCAAGCAAGUAGUCUGUGUACGUAAUGUCAGCAGUACUGGUAGAUAUUGAGUUCACUUGUUCACAAAUUGACAUCUUGACUGUCUUUCAUUCAAGUGCAAUCUUUAACAUGUCUGUUGGUCUCGUUUGUUUCAAGAUGUUUCUUACAAAAGCCAGUAGGCGUAUAACUGUACAGAGUAUUUCUGUACACAUUUCUGAAUGUUUCAGUAAUUUAUGUGAGACAUGAUAUCUAAAUAGGACACCUGGUUUGAAAGUUUUGAAACUUUUAUUUUCCAGAUUAAUGAUAUUUGAUAUUUCCUGUUUCAGAAAAUAUUUGGUUUUAUGUGAUUUUUGUGAAUUUCAACUCUUUUUACGCAAUCUUUUAAAAAAAACCUUUAUUGAGAAAGAUAUUUUUGUGUAUAAACACAAAAUUAAUGUAAUGUCCUUUUUGGGAAUACAGAGCACUUAUUAUUAUAUUAGCAGUCUCUAAAUGAAAUAAUUUGCUUAUAAAAGAAAAUGUGUUAAGCGAGUUUUAACAUUGAUGUUUUUUGUUGUUUUAUAUUUAAAGGGUGUAAUGGGCUCAAUUUAAACAACCUUUACCUCUGUGAGUAAAAAAUUAAAGUGAAAGUUACUUGUUUUUUUUUUUGCAAAAGUAUAUUUGCUGUAAAUGUCUCAUCUUGAAUAGCGUACAUGAGAACAGAAAGUUAGAAUAAUUUCUUUUAAACCUUUUCUUUUUUUUUGAUGUAAAUUUCAUAAUUUACAAUGUUGCUAAGUCUUGUUUUCUGUCAUGUUUAGUAAUUAAAUUGCCUUAUUGUGUGCUUCCGUCCCUUUUGUUAUUUAUAUACAAAUGUCCCAUAAUAAUAUUAUGUCAAUGACUUCCAUUUAAAAUGCCGAAAGGUUACAGGAGAAGUAAAUAAAUAAAUAUAAAUGAUGCAAAAAAAUUGAAGUAAAAACCACAUUUUUGUCACAAGAUUUACUUACGAAAGAUGUUGAAAUUUCAGGGGUUUUGUUAUGAAGUUCAGUUUAAUACCUGCUUUUUUACCCUUUUAAGUUAUGUAGGUUUGGCACUUUGAAUGGAGACCAUUAAUAAGAACUAUGAUUAAUACACAUAAGCAUGUUUUUCUUAUACUUAAACUUCUUUGAUCUUUACAAAGAAAGAAAGGAGCUAACAGCAUGAUAUUUACUUCCUGCUUAAGUAUAGAAUAUAUCUAUUGAUAUCUUAUAAUCAAAAAUCUUUGCUGAUAUUAUUUUUCUGCUUUCAUGCUAAACAAUGAAAGAAUGAUUCUGAAUUAGUUACCUUUGCUUGUGAAAAGUCAUGUCAAAAUGGACUGCCUUGUAGAACGGCAAACAGUUUAAAAAAGAAAACCUGUUUUAUUGUUAGCUUAAGAUAUCUGUAUGUUUGAAAUGUUAACACUAUUUGUAAUUGUUAAUAUUUAUAAAAAAACACAUCUCUGCUUGCAAAAUUGAUAUUGCCUUAGAAGUAUCUUUAGUAUGCUCAAACUUCCAGUGUGCUCUAUUGUAUCCCAUCUUAAUAUAGGAACUAUUUUAUUACAAUGACAGGGCCUCUUAAGCCGAGUGGUUAAGGUUGUUAACUUUGAAUCACUUGCCCCUCACAGAUGUGGGUUUCAGACCUGCUUGGGGCAUUGAAUUUUUUCAUGUGACGAAGCCAUCCAGCUGAAGUAUGGUCAGUGCUUUUACCCAGGUGCCCGCCCUUGAUGAAAUAAUGCACGGAGGGGCACCUGGGGUCAUCCUCCACUGUCAAAAGCAAGAAAGUCAUCAUAUGACUUAUAAUUGUGUUGGCGUGAUAUUAAACCCAACAAAAAGGAAACAUUUAAUCAUAUUGCUGUAUAAAAACGCUUUUUAAACUUAUCUAAGGUAGUCAUUUAAAGAUUCACUUUGAAAUGUAUAAACUUAUCUGUGAUAUUUGUUAACAGUGAUAUCUUGAUUCUAAGUCUUACAGUGAGUUUAUUUUUAACUUGUUUUUUAUAUAAAAAAAAUGAUUUUAAAGUGAAAUUUUGAUCUUUAAAGCGAAACAACCAUGUCUUAACCUUAAUUAGCAGCUUGAAACUUUUUAUCAUGUACCGGAAAUUUAGCAGGACCUGUCAUGUUGGAACCUAAUAUAGAUUUCUAGCUGCUUGAAAAUCAAGUAAUACAUGUACAAGACUUUAAUUAUUUAAUGACUCGGCCAAGAUUUACUCGCCGUUUUUGUUACACUUGUAGCUAAAGACUUGUGGUCAGUAAAAGAAUAAAAAGGGUAGAAUAACACAUUAUUGUCUAGGCCCCAUUUAAAGUCCAGUUUGUUUUCAUAAAAUGAUUUACUUAGUAGUACACAAUAUCACAUGUCUCAUUUUCAGCUGAGAUGAUUUUUCAUACUUGGUAAAUAAUAAAACUCUUUUUCAUAUUUGGUCUGAAAAGUUUACAUGUCUAAUAUCUUUAUACUUUAUUUUCUCAAAUACUGCAAACCUUCAGGUAAUGAUUAAAACUUGCAUCCCUUUACUGUUUUUUGCGGAAGUAUAAUUUGUCAUUGUUAUAUAUCAGAAAUUAUAAACAAAGCAAGUAUUAAUCAUUUACAAACUAGUUUAUUUAGCUAUUUGUAAUUGAACGCAUGCUUAUGAUCAGCUAAAUUGACAUUUGCAAGAUGUUCUUAGAAGUUUUAGAAAGCCUAGGUGAAUAUGAAAGUGUUUCAUUGCAUGAUUAAUGUACUGAAGGAUCAGUUGUCAUGAUCAGUGUAUCAUUAUUCUUGAAUCAAGCUCAUGGCUCGUGUAUAAAGGAGAUUUUUUCUUUAUGACUUGAAGAAUUGGAUUACAUCAGAUAAGUAUUCAUUUUUUGAUCAUGGUAGUCGCUUUUUGGUGAUGGCAUGUAUUAAGCAUUUCAUGUAUAUCUAUUAUAUGAAAAUACAUCAGAAACUGUUUAUGUGUUUGUAAGAUUUUAGAAAUGAACACCUCUUUUACAAUAUGCAUGUUAUAGUUUCCGUCCAACUGUUCACCUGUGUACACCCUCUGUUUUUGUAUAAUAAACUAUAGAUCAA